UGAGAUACGCUCCGCCUGAUUGGGUGGAUUUUGGUGACGUUUGAGGGGGCGGGGGAGGAGCCUGUGUGUGAGAUAAACAACCUGUGGAUGAAAACAAGCACAGAGAGAACCGGAAGCUUCAGAGCAGCGAAAACAUCAACUUAUCGGAGCAGUGCUGUCAGAAACGUCGGAAUGAUCGGAAAGAUUCUUUCUCAGCUUCUCGGGAAUGCCAGCGAGGACCUGGAGUCAGCAGGAGCAGAACACGAGAAGCUGCUGGAGUUCGAGGACGAGGGCUGGGUCAUCGUUAACCUGCCAGAGGACGGGCUCCUGUCGGCUCCAGACGCGGACCUCCUCGAGAACCUGCUGAUCGAACACCCGAGCAUGUCCGUCUACCAGAUGAGACGCGGGAUGGGUGGAGCCGAGGAGGAGGAGGAGGAGGAGGAGGAGCCGGGCUCUGACGAAGAGGAAACCUCAAGGCCUGUGGUGGUAAGGCGGCACGUAUCCUGGCGUCUCGCUGCCUGGGGGCUCCCUCUGGCUUUCAACGUCCAGCUGCCGGCGGCGCAGCGUGCCAGGAGUCGUGCCGAAUGCAGGAAGCUGAGCCGCGGCGCCCUUCGCAGGCAGAACCUCGCCAAGACACGCUUCUGCCCCGCAGAGCGGCGCUACGGACACUUCAAGCAGCCCUGCCAGCGUCUCUACAACUACUGACUCCAAUAGCGGCGCCGCUCAGGCUUCACCUCACUGUUACAUCACAUGACAUUCACCACUUCCUGUGCAGUAAAGCCAUCAAACAGCUGAAAGAACCACACGUGUUUUUCAUUCUUCUGUAAACUUUAUUAUCAGCAGGGCGAGCGCGGCGCCUCGCGGCACAACAGUCACUGAUGUCAGAGCUUCGUGCUCUGUCGCCGCGUUUAAAUCUGUCAUUUUGGCGGCUUCGCUCUUCUUCUGCGUGUUAAAGUGUGUGAUGAGUUGACCUCUUGACCUUUGCAGCAUUCCUGCUGCUUUUCUUUUUAUUUGACACAAAUGUGAGAUUUUAAUUUGUUUUUAUUUGUGUGUAUUUAUAAAAUCUAAAAAAAAAAACCAAGUAAAUAAAGUUUUUGAGAUUUUCUAAA